AUGGCAGAACAGGAAGAGGCUGACAGACUGGCAGCCUUGGCCAGGGCUCAGGUGAACGUACAAAGCCAGGGUCAACAAGUACGUCACCCAAACCAUGAUGAUGAAGACUUUGGUGAUAAGGAAUUGUUGAAUCCUCAAAACCCAAGGAGUGGUAAGAUCUCACCUGGCCUUUCUAUAGGCAAAUCUGUAGAUGGUGAGGUGGUUGUUGAUAAAUCCAAAGAAAGCAAACUAGUGGAGCCUAAGAAGCUGGAUAGUUCUAUUGAUGCUUUGGAGAGAGAAAAAACAGAAGAAAGAGGAGUGGUGUUGAAAUCUAUCCCGAGACCACCACCUCCCUUUCCUCAACGAUUUAAGAAGAAAUCCUAUAAUGCCAAAUUCAGCAAAUUCAUGGAAAUGCUCAAGCAAUUAGCAAUAAAUAUGCCCCUGGUUGAAGCACUUGAGCAAAUGCCAGGAUAUGCAAAAUUCAUAAAAGACCUUAUGACUAAGAAAUGA